AUGUACAUAAAGCAGGUUAUUAUCCAGGGUUUUCGAAGUUACAGGGAUCAAACAAUUGUAGAUCCCUUCAGUUCAAAACACAAUGUUAUUGUGGGCAGAAAUGGAUCUGGAAAAAGUAACUUUUUUUAUGCAAUUCAGUUUGUUCUCAGUGAUGAAUUUAGUCAUCUUCGUCCAGAGCAGCGAUUGGCUUUGUUGCAUGAGGGUACUGGUCCUCGUGUUAUUUCUGCUUUUGUGGAGAUUAUUUUUGACAAUUCAGACAACCGUUUGCCAAUUGAUAAAGAGGAAGUUUCACUUCGAAGAGUUAUUGGUGCCAAAAAGGAUCAGUAUUUUUUAGAUAAAAAAAUGGUCACGAAAAAUGAUGUGAUGAAUCUCCUUAAAAGUGCUGGUUUUUCUCGAAGCAAUCCUUACUAUAUUGUUAAACAAGGAAAGAUCAAUCAGAUGGCAACGGCACCAGAUUCUCAGAGACUGAAGCUAUUAAGAGAAGUAGCUGGUACCAGAGUAUAUGAUGAACGAAAAGAAGAAAGCAUCUCUUUAAUGAAAGAAACAGAGGGCAAACGGGAAAAAAUCAAUGAGUUGUUAAAAUACAUUGAAGAGAGAUUACAUACCUUAGAGGAAGAAAAGGAAGAACUAGCUCAGUAUCAGAAGUGGGAUAAAAUGAGACGAGCCCUGGAAUAUACCAUUUACAAUCAGGAACUUAACGAGACUCGCGCUAAACUUGAUGAGCUUUCUGCUAAGCGAGAGACUAGUGGUGAAAAAUCCAGACAAUUAAGAGAUGCCCAGCAGGAUGCAAGGGACAAAAUGGAGGACAUAGAACGCCAAGUUAGGGAACUGAAAACAAAAAUUUCAGCUAUGAAAGAAGAAAAGGAGCAGCUCAGUGCUGAAAGACAAGAACAAAUUAAGCAAAGGACUAAGUUGGAGCUUAAAGCCAAGGAUUUACAAGAUGAAUCGGCAGGCAAUAGUGAACAAAGGAAAUGCUUAUUAAAAGAGAGGCAGAAGCUGCUUGAAAAAAUAGAAGAAAAGCAGAAAGAACUGGCAGAAACAGAACCUAAAUUCAACAGUGUAAAAGAAAAAGAAGAGCGAGGAAUUGCUAGAUUGGCCCAAGCUACCCAGGAAAGAACAGAUCUUUAUGCAAAGCAGGGUCGUGGAAACCAGUUUACAUCAAAAGAAGAAAGAGAUAAGUGGAUUAAAAAGGAACUCAAGUCCUUAGACCAGGCUAUUAAUGACAAGAAAAGACAGAUUGCUGCUAUACAUAAGGACUUGGAGGACACUGAGACAAAUAAAGAGAAAAAUCUGGAGCAGUAUAAUAAACUGGAUCAGGAUCUUAAUGAAGUCAAAGCUCGAGUAGAAGAACUGGACAGAAAAUAUUAUGAAGUAAAAAAUAAGAAAGAUGAAUUACAAAGUGAAAGAAAUUACUUGUGGAGAGAGGAGAAUGCAGAACAGCAAGCACUUGCUGCUAAGAGAGAAGAUCUUGAAAAGAAACAGCAACUUCUUAGAGCUGCCACAGGAAAGGCCAUUCUAAAUGGAAUAGACAGCAUAAACAAAGUGCUAGACCACUUUCGUCGAAAAGGAAUAAACCAGCAUGUUCAAAAUGGCUAUCAUGGCAUUGUGAUGAAUAAUUUUGAGUGUGAGCCUCCUUUCUACACGUGUGUGGAAGUUACUGCUGGAAACGGGUUAUUUUAUCAUAUUGUUGAUUCAGAUGAAGUCAGCAUGAAGAUUUUGAUGGAGUUUAAUAAAAUGAAUCUUCCUGGAGAGGUCACUUUUCUACCUCUUCACAAGUUAGAUGUCAGGGAUACUGCCUAUCCUGAAACCAAUGAUGCUAUUCCUAUGAUAAGUAAAUUGAGGUACAAUCCCAGAUUUGACAAAGCUUUCAAACAUGUGUUUGGAAAAACACUUAUUUGUCGUAGCAUGGAAGUUUCAACCCAGCUGGCCCGUGCUUUCACUAUGGACUGCAUUACCCUGGAAGGUGACCAAGUUAGUCAUCGGGGUGCUCUAACUGGAGGUUAUUAUGACACAAGGAAGUCUAGACUUGAAUUACAGAAAGAUGUUAGAAAAGCAGAAGAAGAAUUAGGGGAGCUUGAAGCAAAGCUCAAUGAAAACCUGCGCAGAAAUAUUGAAAGGAUUAAUAAUGAAAUUGAUCAGCUGAUGAACCAAAUGCAGCAGAUAGAGACCCAGCAAAGGAAAUUUAAAGCAUCUCGAGAUAGCAUAUUAUCAGAAAUGAAGAUGCUGAAAGAGAAGAGACAGCAAUCAGAGAAAACCUUUAUGCCCAAGCAACGUAGCUUACAAAGUUUGGAGGCAAGUUUACAUGCAAUGGAGUCCACCAGAGAAUCAUUGAAGGCAGAACUGGGAACUGAUUUGCUUUCUCAACUUAGUUUGGAAGAUCAGAAGAGAGUAGAUGCAUUGAAUGAUGAAAUUCGUCACCUUCAGCAGGAAAAUAGACAGUUGCUGAAUGAAAGAAUUAAAUUAGAAGGUAUUAUUACCCGAGUAGAGACUUACCUGAAUGAGAAUUUGAGGAAGCGUUUGGACCAAGUAGAACAGGAACUUAAUGAACUGAGAGAGACAGAAGGGGGUACUGUGCUCACUGCUACAACCUCAGAACUUGAAGCCAUCAAUAAAAGAGUAAAAGAUACUAUGGCACGAUCAGAAGAUUUGGACAAUUCAAUUGAUAAAACAGAAGCUGGAAUUAAAGAGCUUCAGAAGAGUAUGGAGCGCUGGAAAAAUACGGAAAAAGAACACAUGGAUGCUAUAAAUCAUGAUACUAAAGAACUAGAAAAGAUGACAAAUCGAUAA